AUGAUAGAGAGUGUCGAAAUGAGAUACAAAUUCGAACAGGCCAAAGAACUGCUGAAUCAAGUUUUUGAUGCACUGGGAAUUGCGAAGAUUAGAGAUGUACGACAGACAAAUCAACUGGACAAACAAGUGACGACGGCUAUCGAGCUGAUUCGAUCUGCGGCAGAAGCCUUGCGACACGUUCAAGACGUCGCCCAGCUUCCAAGUCAUUCAUCGCUUAAACUCGCUGAUAAGGAAUAUCUUCUCGAUGGUUUCAAGUUUUUAAUAAAUUCCAGUGAUCGACAUGAGCAAGUUCGUCUUCUUACUCUGGCUCCACCUGAAUGGGGAAGAACGAAAGUUGAGGAAUACUUCGAAUGCUCUCGCUAUCUAGCUCAAAAGAGCAUCUCCCUUCGCGAGUCAUACGGCAGGUUGGCCGUACCUGUUGAUUGGCGCGGCAACAUCUGUCUUGAUCCGCUCCUUGCCCAAGAAAUUAUCGAUUUCUACAGUGAUGAUGGCAUCAGCCGUCAGUCUCCUAACAAACGUGAUGUAAUUCACGUUCAAAAGAAUCCUGUAGCUGUUCGACACAUAUCAAUGACUAUAGGCCAAGCCUAUCAACUCUUUGUACAACAGUUGCAAGCCAAGCAGUCACUCAAUUCCGUACAAAAAUCGAGCUUUUACAACUUACGUCCAAAAUGGAUUAGGGUUAACAAGCCACACGAUGUUUGUACUUGCAUUUAUCAUGAGAACUUCGAACUGCUCAUUCAGGGUUGGAACAACCUAGAUGUCAUCCCCAUGAAUAUGAAAAGUCUUAUUGUUGAAUGUGUGUGCUCUUCGCAAACGGAAACGUGCUAUUUUCGAGAGUGCGAUGACUGCAAGUGGUUGCGGCCUGGUGGCUUUCUUUUCAGUGAGCUUCUGGGUUGCCAGAAUGUGACGCUUAAUGAUAAUGUUACUUGGAUGACUUGGAAAUCACCUGUGUCGACGAAGAGGGUGGGCGAUGCUGACGACGAACCGACCACAGUUGGAAAGAUCUCAAUGCAACGUGUCAGCGGCUCCGUUCGUGAUCUGCUUGAAGAGUUCGAUGUCAAGUGGGAAAAGUUUGCUGUCCACCACUACUGCAUGCGUCAACAGCAAGAGUACGUUAAAAAGAUUAAAGAAGAAGCGCGUGCAGAUGGAACAGUGAUCAUCCAAAUGGAUUUUGCUGAAAAUCAUUCGCUGAUUGUUCAGCACGAGAUCCAGCAAGCUCACUGGACAACCCCACAAGCCACCAUUUUUACGGUGCAUAUAACUGUAGACAAAACCACUCAGCACAGCCUUGCUUUUGUUAGUGAUUCCCUUGAUCAUAAUAUUGAUUUUGUCCAUGCUGCUCAAGGUAUAAUUAUUAAGUUCAUUCGUGAUCGCUAUCCUAAUGUGAAACGAGUUAACUAUAUCACCGACGGAGCUCCCCAACACUUCAAAAGCAACAAAUCGAUGCAGAAUUUGACUCAUCACGAGACUGACUUUGGAAUUUCUGCUGCAUGGACAUUCUUUGCGACAGCACAUGGAAAAGGCCCAGUUGAUGGUACUGGAGCGGCUAUGAAAUACCGUGCAACUCGUCGAGUACUUAGCGGGCGACGAGAGCAUGCCAUCCUAACGCCACUAGAGCUUUAUCAAUUCGUCUCAACCGAUACCAAGAUCAUCGUUUUUUAUCUUAGCCGGCAAGAUAUUAAGCUAAACUCUGAGACUAUGAAUCUGAGCAAACGACUGUCUCAAAAGACUGGCAAAGGUUGGAUUUACGGAAUUCGUAGUUUACAUCAGUUUGAUCCUUUGGCAGUGAAUCGUAUCAGUUGUCGUAAAACAUCCAGCAGCUCAGACUCAAAAACAUUCGCACUUUAA